UAAUGAUAUAAUUGUGGAAACAAUUCAUUCAUGCAUAGCUGUGACGAUAUUUUCUUCAUAACAAACGGCUAAUUUUGGCCUGGUUUCAUGUAUCGUUUUUCUCUCAGAUUUCGCACGGAUACAGGAUGUAUAAUUAAAACAGAAGUUGGACUGUUCCUGAGAGUUAACACCCGGUGUCUGACUGGUCAGUAUAACCAUCCAGGAGAGUUAUGGAGUCUUACCUAUGUUCCGUCCUUGUUCUACUGAUUUACCUUGUUAAAGAAUGCCAUGGCGAUUCCUAUACAGUGACGGGUCUCGUCGCGUCUUCUAUAUGUGCAAUAGCCCUGUUUAUCAUCGUUAUCAUCGUCGCUGUUUUCUUCGCUGUGUGGGCCGAUUACUUGAGAAAAUAUUAUAAAAAACGAGGUAUCCAGAAGUCUCCCAGAAUCAAGUACAUAAAGCAGCGCCCUCGCAGUAUAAAAGGCACCAUGUCCAAAGAACAGGAGAGACAGAUGCAGCUUCAAGCCCAGCAGAAACUCCGACCUAAACUCCCCAACACCUGGAGAGGAGCUGCAACAGAACAGCCGCCACCGCAACAACAGAACGGAGAUUUAUCUGGGCAUUUUGGAACAUACACGACGACGGGGGAUUUCCAUUUUGGAACUGAAGAUCUAGCAGAGGAUCAGUACGCUACGGUACAGAAAUCCCCGGUUGUCAUGGAGAUGAAAGAGGACAUGGGACCGCAUUCUGUCCGUAACUACGAGAGUGUGAUGAAUUUACCGGAGGAAUCCCCCGAAAGGCCAGCUAAUCGGACAAGCCAGCGCAAUCAGUUGGAGCUUAUAAACCCUUCAGAGAUGGUCGAAAUCCCUCUGCAACAAGACGAGAAAUCCACUCAUUUCUGAUAAGAUCGUUCCGUGAGGAGGCCGGGGACGGGGGUGACGAAUCCAUGUUCGCGGGGCCAGUGACUUGUGUCAGACAACCUCAUUACAUGCCUAGUAUUGCCAUAACGUCGUCCGGGGACCAUGUUCCUGUAUAUCUAAUCUGUUUAUUCAUACCCAUUUUAUUGAGAAUAUCAGUAACCCUAGUCAAACGAGGGUCUGUAUUUUACACACUUUGUUGACGAACGGAAAUUGUGGAUGACAAUAAGUCGCUGAUAUGUUACUUUGCUAUAUUUACUAUUUCAUUUCAUCUCUGAUCUGCCAGUUGAGUUCAAAAUGUUGUCAUUGUAUGAUAUUCUUGUUUAUUCUGCCCCAUCGAUUAAUGAUUUUAACAUUUAU